CAAUUUUUUUUUUGGUGCAAAUAAAAAUCAAAAAAAAAAAAAUUAGCCUUCAUUUUUCCAUAAACCCUAAAGCAAGGUAUAUUAUAUAAUUCACUCAUUAAUUUCAGUUAUUAUACAUUUAAGUUGGUGAAAUGUUGAUAAUUAGUGCAAGGUAGUAAUCGUAGUGCGUAGAGAACCAAUUCGUGGAAUUCAGAGGCAAUGACACCCAAAUCGGAGAAAGGGGCUGCUCUGGUUGAUGGUUGUACUACCGACGAAGAAGACGACGCUGACACUCAACCUCCCUCCAAUGCCAUUGCCACCACUACAGCUUCCGACCCUUCAGACUUGGAUUACCGUAGUUUCUGGAAAGCAGGCUCUUAUGCCGUUAACAACACUAUCAAACCCCCUUCCUCCCAAGAUCAAUUGGAACAUGCUCGUGUUCAUCCCAAGUUUCUUCAUUCUAAUGCCACCUCUCAUAAAUGGGCAUUUGGAGCCGUAGCUGAAUUGUUGGACAAUGCAGUUGAUGAGAUACACAGUGGUGCAACCUUUGUGAAGGUUGAUAAGAUCGAUAUCAUGAAGGAUAAUACUCCAGCUUUACUCUUCCAAGAUGAUGGUGGUGGAAUGGAUCCUGAAUCCAUUCGGAAAUGUAUGAGCUUAGGCUAUUCUUCAAAGAAGACAAACACAACUAUUGGGCAAUAUGGUAAUGGAUUCAAGACGAGUACCAUGAGAUUAGGUGCUGAUGUUAUUGUUCUCAGUCGUGCAGUUCGUGGAAGCCAAGCCACGCAGAGUGUUGGACUUCUAUCGUAUACAUUUUUAAGAAAAACAGGACAGGACGAUGUGAUUGUGCCAAUGGUUGAUUUUGACAUUAGUUCUAACUGGGCAGAACCGAUAAUUUAUGGUUCACAUGAUGAUUGGUCUUCUAACUUGAAAACAAUCCUUGAGUGGUCUCCAUUUUCAUCAAAGGAGGAACUCAUGCUACAGUUUGAGGAUAUUGGAGCUCAUGGAACAAAAGUAAUUAUAUACAAUUUGUGGCUGAAUGAUGAAGGCAUAUAUGAGCUGAAUUUUGAUGAUGAUGAUGAGGAUAUUCGGUUGAGAGAUGAAACUACUCAUGGAAGUUCAAAUCAACCAAGGAGAAGAAUAGCUCAAAUGCAAUCCCAUAUAUCUUACCGCAUCCGUUACUCAUUAAGGGCAUAUGCCUCCAUCCUGUACCUCAGAAAAUUUUCGAACUUCAGUAUAAUACUAAGGGGGAAGCCUGUAGAACAAUUUAAUAUAGCAGACGAGUUGCAAUAUCCAAUAAUUGUAUCAUACAGGCCCCAGCUGGGUACAGUAGUGGCCGAGGCAGUGGACACAAAACUUGGGUUUAUAAAAGAGGCACCUGAUCUUUCAGUUUGUGGAUUCAAUGUUUACCAUAAAAAUCGCCUCAUCAGGCCAUUCUGGAAAGUCACUGCUGAUGGCUCUUCGAAAGGGAGUGGUGUUGUUGGAGUUCUUGAAGCAAAUUUUAUAGAGCCUGCACAUGACAAGCAAGAUUUUGAGAGGUCAUCACUGUUUAUUCGGCUUGAAACAAGGCUGAAACAAAUGGUUAAUGAUUACUGGAAAGUCAACUGUCACCAUAUGGGAUAUCAGACUCCCGGCACCAGUGUACACAAGACACAAAAGGAUCGCCCUAUUCAAAUUAAAUCUUCGGCUGGACUUACUUCUAAUGUUGAAGCCAAUCAAACUAGUGUUGGUCUUCCAGCUAAUGUCACACAUGAUUUAAGGAAUAGUUUACCUCCUGGAUUCGGUCCAAGAACUGGUGUUCGCAGUAAAUUGUCUAGUUCUUUUCAGGGGUCGAAGGAAGUAGUUGAUCUAGUAGAUGCGGCAGAUGAACCAGAACCCGACUCCAUUGAUCAAAUAUGUGAAGAAAAUGUACAACUUUUCCUGAGGUGUGAAGAACAUGUGAAAAAACAGACUGAAUUAAAACAGAUGAUUGCAGGCUUGGAGAAGCAUCUGGAAGAAUCCAAAAGGAAGUGCAUUCAACUUGCAGCUUAUGUUGAAUCCAAAAAGAAACCAAACUUGUCAAAUCCAACCUCUGAAAAGGUUUGAAUCAGGUGAAACUACAAUAUGAACCCGACGAUCACCUUUGCCAUAUGUUUUGGUCUGUACAGUUUCCUGUGUAAAUGUUCUUAAAUGUGGUGGUGCAGGCUUAGUCGUAAGUUGGUCAGUUUUAAGGCCAUUUGAAGCUCAGGUUUUCCAUGGAAAGUUCAGGAUUUUGUUUCGAAAUUUUGAAUUUUGCAGAUGAAAAAUCUUGUGAGAAAUGAAGACUGGGCAAAUUAUAUAUAAGAAAUUUUAUGAAAAAAAGAAUAGAAAAACAAGUUUUCAAGCUUUAUUUUAUCUAAGUGUAUGUAUUAAGUUCAAAACAAUUCGAGUGAUCUUCAAGUAUGUAGAACUGGUUUAUAGUUCUAGGAAUAUAGGAUUGUAAUAGAAACAUAUAUGGUUAUCUUCAGCAGGAUUAUAUUUUAUGUUUUUUUAUUUAA